AUGAAAUUUAGUGAUCAAAUUAUACCGAAUUAUGGAACUGCGAUAACAAAUGAAAAAGUACAUAAUAGAACAUACCCAUAUACAAUAGUAACAGCGGCAAGUGAUAAUCAUUUUUGCGCGUUACAAAGUUGGUUAUAUAAAAUAUCAGAUACAUUAAAAGAUCUUUCGGAAGAACAAAAACCAAGGAUAAUAGUUUAUGACUUAGGAAUAGCGAAAUAUCAAAAGAAAGUGUUAAGAUUAUUAAAAAAGAAAGGAAAAUAUUUUGAUAAAUUAAUUAAAUUUGAUUAUAAAAAAUAUCCAAAAUUUUGGAAUAUUGAUUACAAUAGAGGGGAGUACGCAUGGAAAUCUGGCAUAAUUAAAGAAGUCUCGAUGACAUAUCCUGGAAUAAUAAUUUGGUUAGAUAGCGGUAGCUUUAUCACUUCAGAAUUUUUUAUUAAUUUGGAAAUUUUACUCGAACAAAAUAACGGAUUUCUAAGUCCAAAAUCAAGUGGAAGUUUUUUAAAAUGGACACAUCCUGGAGUGUUUAAAUAUUUCAAUCAAAGUACUUCUAUGUAUAGGGGUAAACAUUAUGUUAAUUGUAACGGAGCUGCGAUAGUGUUUGAUACGAACAAGACGCAAUAUUUAAUAGAUAAAUGGAAUGAGUGCGCUUUAGUAAAAAAUUGUAUAGCACCAAAAGGUAGUAGUAGAGCAAAUCACAGACAAGAUCAAGCGAUACUCACUUUUUUAAUUAUAAAUGAUAAUAGAUCUUGCGAUCAUGAAUUAUCACAUAUUGGUAUAAAAACUCAUAUGGACGAAAAAUGUGCUCAAAAUAUUUAUUAUUAUGAUAAAUUACAUGGUGAAUUUUACUGGCCAACUUCCGAAGAUCUUGAAGAACUAAGACAAUUAAAAGAAACUUAUGACUUGUUUGUUUUUUAUGACAUUUGGAAUGAAGGGGCUUUAGAAGAAUUACUUGCUAACAUGAAAGAAGAGAAGGUGGUUACUUAA